GGCUCCACCACAACACAUAUAGCUAACUCGAUCUAGGGCUGAAACCAGCAGCACACAACACCUAGCCAAGCAUCCUUCGUUCCUAGCUAGCCAUGGAUCCAUAUCACUACGAAAACAUCCAUGACCCACACGGCUGCAGCUUCCCCGUCCACCCGCAGCCGCCUUUCCUCCUCCACCACUACCCGGCAGCUGCGCUCGCGGAGAGCCGGGUCAGGGGCGGUGCCGGACGGCGCCGCUCCGGCGCGAAGCUCUCCACUGACCCCCAGAGCGUCGCGGCGCGGGAACGCAGGCACCGGAUCAGCGACCGCUUCCGCGUGCUCCGCAGCCUCGUGCCCGGCGGCAGCAAGAUGGACAACGUCUCCAUGCUGGAGCAGGCCAUCCACUACGUCAAGUUCCUCAAGGCGCAGGUCAGCCUGCACCAGGCGAUGCUCAUGCAGCACGAGGAGGGCUGCGGCGGCGGACAUGGCGAGUUCGACGGCGCCCCUGGCGAGGUGACGCCGAUGGAGCUUCCGGCAGCGCAGGCCCUGCAGGAGGUGAUGAGCUGCUACUACGCUGAAGCUCAUCAGGUGGAAGAGCUUGAUCUAUGCGCGGGGCAGAUGAGCAGUAGUUCUCACGAUCUGCCUCCCUUGCCUUCCUGCGUCUUCGACGAGGAGUCUGCGGCCGCGUGCUACUCCGGGUGCAGCCUCCAAGCCGGGGAGAUCGCUCAUGCUCACGGAUCUUAUUAGCUUUAGUUAUUUAUUAUUUAUAGUUACUGCUACUAGUAUUGCAAGUAGUACUGAUUAUGUAGUUUGCGUACCCAAGUAUGUACGUCGAGGCUUGAUCCGUAGCUGCGCGCUAUCUCUACUUCUCUACCCUAUUAGCCUAAUUAUAUUAGCUCUUGCCGUUAUAUGGCCUAGCAGCAAUUUCCUCUUUGGUGCAUGCAUGCAUGCUUCUGUAGUUCUGUUGGUCGACCAAUGUGUGAUUGUGAUCACCGACGACAGACUAAGUUUCUUGUCUCAUGUUUACUGGUACUCCUCCUCCGUCUCAAAAUAAAAAUGAAUGUCUUAACUUUA